CCGUCAGUCAGUCAGUCAGAGAGCAGCUGAUCGUAAAAAAGCACGAGUCACAGCAAAAUAUUAGGAUUAUUUCCCUUUGUUCGAGAAUUAAGCGACACAUAAGAGAGAAACAGGUCUAACUGGCUGUAUGUGAGGACGAGAAGUGGACAAUGUUUAUUAGUGCACCAGGAACUUUCUGACACAAAAGUCCAUCAUUUUUUUCUACAAACCUUCACACACACACUCCGCAGUCAUGCAGAUGGAUCCAGUGCUGGUUGAAUCAGCGGUGGUGUUUGCCAUGGUCAUUUCUGUACACAUGGCCGUGUGGAAUCAGCUGUCCUGGUGCUGCAUCGCUCUGGCCGUCCAGGCUUUUUAUGUGCAGCACAAAUGGGAUCGUCUGAUUCGCUCUGGUGCCGCCGUCUUCCAGUUUCGUCCCUCAGCCAACAGCGGCGUCCUGCCAGCCAGUAUGGUGCUGCCACUCCUGGGACUCGCCCUACGGGGGCGCUGCCUUGCUGUGGGAAACGUCUACAUGGAGCGAUUCGCAAUGGUCAUCACAGUAAUCGGGAUGAUGUUAGCUCUAUUCCUCUCGCUCAUCGCAUUGGGAAUCACACGACCGGUGCCAACAAACACUUGUGUUAUCGCCGGAAUUGCUAGUAGUGCUAUUCUGUACACCGUAAAGCAAACACUAACAGUGUCCGAGGUGAUCGAAGUCUUGGAGGUGCUUCUGAUUUUUGUGUAUCUAAGUUUAAUCCUGCUGUACCUCCUUCCACGUUGCUUUACCCCCGGCGAAGCCCUUCUGAUCCUCGGCGGGAUUAGUUUUAUCAUCAACCAGCUCAUUAAGCGCUCUCUGGCUUCGUCUGGAAAUGCAAAUUCGGACCCGCUUCCGUAUUUCCUCCCAGUGGCUGUUUUAGGGUUAGUGCUAUUGGGAAUCUUCUUCGCCGUGCUUUUUAUAUUCAUGGAAUCUGAAACCUGGUCAGCGUCGCUCUUCUUCCAUACCAUGACUGCGGUUUUGGGAUUGGGGUUAUUGGUUCCUUGGCUAUCCCUACUCACGCAGCAUCAUCCAAUCACUUGGCUGAUGCAUUUCAUCACCGAAUCAAACACUCGACUUUGGCUCGUUGGAUUUUGGGCCGCUUUGGCGCUUCUAGCAGUUGCCGUUGUGAUGCAUCAAAAUAGUCAUCGAUCUGCAGGCAGCAAGAAGCAUCAAGCAUCAACAACUGUACGAAAGUAUUUCCACCUGCUCACCGUUUUAACCUUCGCUCCCGGACUCGCUCUGGAUCGUCCUUUGCUGCAUUUGUCUGCGGUUGUUUGCCUCUCUGCGUUUUUGUUUCUCGAAUACGUCCGCUAUUUUCGCAUUCGACCAUUCGGGCCUCCGCUUCGACGCCUUCUCACUUUAUUCCUGGAUGAGAGAGAUUCAGGACCACUUAUUCUCACUCAUAUUUAUCUUCUUCUUGGCGUUUCUCUUCCGCUGUGGUUGACACCUGGGAUGUGUACCCCUAAAGGAGGCCUAGGGGGUGCUAGUGGGCUAGUACCCUACGCUGGCGUCCUCGCUGUAGGGGUUGGAGACACAGUGGCAUCCAUUUUCGGCAGUAACGUCGGUGAAAUCCGCUGGCCAGGGACUAAGAAGACAUUUGAGGGCACGGCAUCUUCUGUUUUUGCUCAGAUCAUCGCUGUGGUGGUUUUCCUCAUCGCCGACGGCAGUAUUAACCUGAACGCCAGCUACUCAUGGGUGGUGGGAUCCAUCUCUAUGGUGGCCAUGUUGGAGGCCUAUACGUCGCAGAUUGACAACCUGCUGCUUCCUCUGUACCUCUACAUCCUCCUGCUGCUAUGAGGUCAAAACCACACUCAUGCCAAUGCACAGAUAUAUUUAAUUCAUAAACUAUGGUACAGCGCUAGUAUUGGACUACUUUUGGAUUUUGAACGAAAAAUGGGUACUUUAUAAUAAGGUCCCGGUUUUUAAUGUUAAUCGCUACAUUGCAGGGAUUGUUCACCCAAAAAGGAAAAAUCAUUUACUCAUCCUCCACUUUGAGUUUCUUUCUUCUGUUGAACACUGAUCUGCUCCAUUGACUUCCAUUGAAACAGCCAUUGACUUCCAUAGUAUUUUUGUUCCUACUAUUGAUGUCAGUGGCUGCGUAUUUUCAAUGUUUCAGAAUAUCUUGUUUCUGUGUUCAGCAGAAGAAAGAAAUUCAUAAAAGUUUAGAAACACUUGUGUGUGAGUAAAUGGUGAGGAAAGUAUAAUUUUUGGGUGAUCUGUCCAUUUAACAACUGUGAGCGUUAUGUUUGUUACAUUAUUUAUAUGAAUCAAGUAAAAUACAACAUUAGAGCUGCACUAUUAAUUGUUUAAAGAUCACAAUAUUGAUUCAGGCACUCAUUCAAUCUUAUUUUGACUUAAGCCAGUAGGUGGCGACAAGAAGUCAUUUGUUCAAUAUUCAUGCAAAAAUGUUGAUUUGUCCAGUAAUGAAACAAGCGAAGGCUUUAUAAGUGAGUCAUUGAAUCAUUCAAGAGAUUUGUUCAAAAAUGAAGGUUCAUCAAGUAAGGAAACAAGUAAAGUCUAUAUAAGUGAGUCAUUGAAUCAUUCAAUAGAUUUGUUCAAAAAGGCUGAUUUGUCCAGUAAUGAAACAAGUUGAGCUUUUAUGAGUGUAUGAGUGAAUCAUUGAAUCAUUCAACAUAUUUGUUUAAAAAUGCUGGUUAUGAGUAAGUCUUUGAAUUAUUCAUAUUUGUUCAAAAACACUGAUUCAUUGAGUAAUGAAACAAGUUAAGCCUUUGAGUAAGUUUAAAUCUUUCAAGAGAUUUGUUAAAAAAUUAAGGGUCAUCAAGGAAACAAGUCAAGUCUUUCUGGGUGAGUUUAUGAAUCAUUUAAGAUAUUUGUUCAAAAACUCUAGUUCAUCAAGUAAUAAAACAAGUCAAGUCUUUAUGAGUGAUUCAUUGAAUAAUUCAAGAGAUUUGUUAAAAAAUGCAGGUUCAUCGAGUAAGGAAUCAAGCCAAGCCUUUAUGAGUGAGUCAUUGAAUCAUUCAUGACAUUUGUUAAAAAAUACUGGUACUUUGAGUAGACACAAGUCAAUCCUUUAUGAGUGAGUCAAUGAAUCGUUCAAGAGAUUUGUUCAAAAAUGGAGGUUCAUCGAGUAAAGAAGCAAGUCAAGACUUUAAGAGUGAGUCAUUGAAUAAUUCAAGGCAUUUGUUAAAAAAAUGCUGAUUUGUCCAGUAAUGAAACAAGUCAAGUCUUUAUGAGUGAAUCAUUUGAGAGAUUUGUUCAAAAAGGCUUAUUUGUUUAGGAAUGAAACAAGUCUAGCUUUUAUGAGUCAAUCACUGAAUCAUUCAAGAAAUUUGCUAAAGAGCCCCUAGUUUGCAUUAUAAAAGGUCAUAUUUUGGUUUUGGGGAUCUCCAACAGUUUAAUAUGCAUACAAGGUCAAAAUAACACUUUCAUUGUCUUAUAAUCGGCAUUUAUUUUUUCCUAAUUAUCCCAACAACUCCCAUAUGAUUCCUUCAGCAAUUUAUUUGUUCCCGAACCCCUCCGUAACACAAAGCUAAUCUGAGCUGUUUGGUUCAAUGACCCAGUCUGUUGUGAUUGGUCGGCUGCGAUCAACCCGAGACAGAGAGAAACGCCCACCACGGCUAUGAAGUAGCACACAGAGUAUCUCUGUGAGCCUGAUCCAGGAAUGCAUUAAAGCAAUGCAGUUAAACACCAGCAUAUUACUCUACUCUUAACGCUAACCCCAAAUAUUAACAAUGACACACAUUCAUUAUUAAUCCACACAGUGGCAAAAGUUAAACUAUUUGGAAAAUUGACCACGCGUGUGUGAGGAACAGCUGCUGUGGCCAUAGCGAAGAAAAACAGCAGAGGAUCACCAGUUCAGAAACACAUUGAAAUCAGUAAAGGAAGAAGCACGAGUCCCGUUUUUAACGUAGUUUUGGACGCAAUAUGUAAACAGCCCCAUAAAGAGUUAACCUGAGAGAUACAGUACAAGCACUGAUCUAUAAAAGAUCACAAGCUGCGCGAAGCGAUUACAAGUUACAACACACAAUUAAACACAUUUUGCAAACUACACAAAACAAUUUUAAUUACACUUACAUGUUAUAAUCUGGAGGAAGAAGAAAUUGGUCCAUAUGAACUGUAAGUUACUGAUAAAGUCCCAUACAUAAUAGUUUCUGCUGCUCUUUCAAUAGUAAACAGCCGACGAAUCCCACAUUUUCAUGUCAUGAUCAAUCCCGUGAUCCCCCUCGCUCCGCUAGUGUCUAAAGGGAAAGGCGCGUUCAUGUUUUACCAGAACCGACACUUCAUAUUUGGUGAUGUAUGCGACGUCGACGUGUUCAAGUAAAUGAUCCGAACCCAACACGAUUCAUUCAUUUGACUCUGAGUCUACCAUUUCGUUAAAGAAUCAAUAGUUUUAAACACAGUGCACUUUCAGAUUUAACCCUCAGCUGGAUGUUUUCUUUCACUUAAAGCUAUUACACACUGCAUGGAAGCUCAUUUUCAAAAACCCACAAUAGGGGCUCUUAAAAAACCUGGUUCAUCAAGUAAUGAAACCAGUCAAGCCUUUAUGGGUGAAUCAUUGAAUCAUUCAAGUGAUUUGUUUAAAAAAACCUGGUUCAUUAAGUAAUGAAACCAGUCAAGCCUUUAUGAGUGAAUCAUUGAAUCAUUCAAGUGAUUUGUUUAAAAAAAAUGAUUCAUUAAGUAAUGAAACAAGUCAGGACUUUAUGAGUGAAUCAUUGAAUCAUUCAAGUGAUUUGUUUAAAAAAACUGGUUCAUUAAGUAAUGAAACAAGUCAGGACUUUAUGAGUGAAUCAUUGAAUCAUUUAAGUGAUUUGUAUAAAAAAACUGGUUCAUUAAAUAAUGAAACAAGUCAGGACUUUGAGUGAAUCAUUGAAUCAUUCAAAUGAUUUGUUUAAAAAAAUGGUUCAUUAAGUAAUGAAACAAGUCAGGACUUUAUGAGUGAAUCAUUGAAUCAUUUAAGUGAUUUGUUUAAAAAAAAAUGGUUCAUUAAGUAAUGAAACAAGUCGGGACUUUAUGUGUGAAUCAUUGAACCAUUCAAGUGAUUUGUUUAAAAAAACUGGUUCAUUAAGUAAUGAAACAAGUCAGGACUUUAUGAGUGAAUCAUUGAAUCAUUUAAGUGAUUUGUUUAAAAAAAACUGGUUCAUUAAGUAAUGAAACAAGUCAGGACUUUGAGUGAGUCGUUGAAUCAUUCAAGAGGUUUGUUCAAAAAGUUGCUUCUUUGAGUAAUAAACCAAGGCAAGCCUAUAUACAUUUUUCAAUCAUUCAUGAAAGUGAUUUUGCCGUUGUGUCAGAAUCUCUAACAAACUGCAUGUUGUUUAUUUGUUUAAUCAUCAAUUCAGAAUCAUAUGAGAAUCAACUGAACAGAAAAGUGAUUCGAGAUUAUCCUGAGCUCAUGUUAGCUCCUCCAACAUUAUUAACAGAUAUGAUUUUUUAUUUGAAUAUGUGUUCAUUUAUGCUGAAAUUAACAUUAAAAUCAUUAAAUGGUUAUUAGCUGUGGUUAGCUUAUUAGCUGUAGUUAACUAAUGUAAAAAAAAAAAUGGAACCUUGUUAUAAAAUGAGACCCCAAAAAUGCAAUAACAAACCCUUAUUAGAGUGCUUAUGAUGACCCUUGUAUAGUUAAAGGAAAUGCACUGAAAUGUGUUAGUAUAAGCCUCUUUCUUUAACAUUAAAGCAAACUAGAGAACUUGAUACUAUUAUAAUGUGGCACAAAUAAAAGAUGUCAUUUCCUGCACCACAGCUGGCAACAAAUGGAAGAUUUAGUAAUAUUGUUGUGUGGUUUUGCCAUUUUUAAUUAGUUUUUUGUAUGUCAAUAUUGUUUAAAUUCUGGCAAGUUAUUUCUAUCAAGUUAAACUAAAUUAUUUAAUUAACAUUUCUUUUAAGCAACAACAAUGCUUCAAAGGUGUUACCUAUAAUGAUCUUGAUAGCAAAAAUUAUUUGCUUCCAUAAAUGGUGCAGAAAUAACUGCAGCUUCGUUUAUAUUGUGUGUUUGUAUUUUCCAAGGUUUACAUGCGAUGAUGAUGAUGUUGUUGUGAGUGUUCAUUUUUGAGCGCUCACAGAAAGCUCUGACGUCUUCAGACACCAUUAAUAUUUCAUUCACUCAAAUCCUGCGUCCGUCACUCCAGUAUAAAUGACAGGGAUUGAGUUGCACACUAUUAAAAGAAGAAAUGGAAAAAUAUCCUUUAACGGUGUCUGGGUCUGAGCUGCCUGAUGAACACACACACACACACACACACACACACACACACACACACACGUCUGGAUGCAAAAACACUGAAUGAAGGGUCUACAUUUGGUUUAUGAAGGUGAAAAUGUUCUGUCUUUAUUUUUCUAUUUUAUAAAGCUGCUUUCCAAAUACACGUAUUGUCAAAAGUGCUACAUAUGUACUUGAAAAUCAAAAGAACAAAUAGAUUUUGCAUGCAAAUUGCCUGUUUUUCGAACCAUAUGGUUUUUGGGACAUUUUCUUGACAAUUAUGCACAUUAAAUGAUAUUUGCAGCUGUUUGUAUGAUGUUGAACUCUGAUGUGAAAUGCUAUAUUUUACAAAUGCACUGGCAUAUUAUUGCAAACCUUGGCACACAAAACAUUUCA